GCUACAAUCACCACUUUCACUUUGAUAUCCCUUACACUCUUGCCCGGCCUCUACUCUAAUCUAAAAUUAAACACUAUAUUUUCUGCUCUUAUUCUCGAUUAACUUUGACCUUGUCUUUUCUCUUUCCGCAUUGGAAAGAUAAAAUGUUUGCGCGCCCACGGCCAAAGAAGGGCUUACUCGUACCGCCGCCGAAGAAACGCAAGGCUCAGCAUUUGGUCGAGGAGAUCAAAUUUGAUAACGAUGCUCGUUCCGAUUAUCUGACCGGCUUCCACAAGCGCAAAUUGCAAAGGAUAAAGAAUGCGCAGGAACAGGCUGCUCAGAGAGCUAGACAGGAAAAGAUCGAGAUUAGAAAAAAGAUACGGGAAGAUCGAAAGAGAGAAGUCGAAGAGCACGUCCAAAACGUCAAUGCUAUCCUAAAGCAAGCACAAGAGGCAGGUUACGUGGGAGGGGAAGAAGCCUCAAACGAUGAAGCAGACGAAUGGGGAGGAUUUCAGGAUACACCUGCACUGGAACCCGUCGAUCACGAAGAAGAAUACAUUGACGAAGAGCGGUAUACUACGGUCACAAUAGAGUCAGUCAGCGUGUCUAAGGAUGGAUUGUCGAGCACUAAACCGGAGGACUCGAGCGAGGAGGAUCAAGAGACGGCAAAGCAAGACUCGGAACAUGCUUCACCAGGAAGCAAGGAGAAAGCCAGGCCGCCCAAGAAGAAGAAACCGAAGUUCAGAUACGAGUCCAAGGCGGAUAGGCAACUGAACCAGAGGAAAGAGAAAGCAGCCAAGAUUAGAAAGAAACCAAGUGGUUGAUUAGCGCAUUCCCUAUCCGUCUCGCGGGCUUUGCUACAGCAAAUACCAACAUAAAACGUCCACCAAAUAAACAUGCCUUAAACUUGACUUCUCUUCAACUGCCACCGCGACAUUUCUGCCCCUUUCAAAAUUGUCGGAAAGGUCGGUCGAUCAAGCCAGGCCUCCGCCGUAUAAGUUGACAUAGUGCCAGUGCUGGUAAGAAAAAAGAAAUCCUUGGCCUCUAAGGCACAGCCUCGACGUCUCGCGACACCCGUCUCGACGAAAGUGAUACCGUCCUAAAUGUUACUGAUCUCGGCCUGGAGGUCCUCCAACUCCUUCUGGAGAGCCUGGUACUUCUUGGACAUAUCUUCGUACUUCGUCUCCCACUGGUCCCGCUCGUUCUCCAACGCCUGUACCUUGCGCUCAAAAUGGCCGGCUUUCACGUCAGUCUGGCGGAGCCUGUAGUUUGUGACUGUUAGAACCCCGUAAAACCCCCCAAGUGUCCCGGGCGCGUUUUGCAACUUACUUCUCAUUUGUCUCACGAAGAG